AGGCGGCUCAAGAUGGGAUGGGCGGGCGCCGAGCCACAGCAUGAAGUUAUCGAGAUAAAUGAGCUGAGGACCAGUCCCUCUUUGGAAGCGACUCAUACCGUUGUAGAGGAGCGGUUCCUUGCAUAUCAUCACUUGUCGGCGGACGAGGCUCACAGGCGGCUUUUGACUGCGGCUGAUGAAGUAGUAUCAGAAUACCGCGCUAAGGCCUCCAACCAACAAUCCAUCACUGCCCCCAUUUUCAAACAAAGCACAAUCGUCAGCGCGCUGUCAGCACUCGGACUGAUUGCCUUCUUUGUUUACGCCCGAUUAGAAAGCUCACCCUACCAAUGGCGCGCCACCGCUGCACUUGUGGAAGCAGGGCUCCUUCUUGCUGCUCUGGUGUGGAAUGUAUGGCUUCAGAUGCGGGAGUGGAGGCUUACAUCUAUGGAAAUGAGCAUGCGGAUUCAGUCAAUUGUGGACCCAUUGCGUAAAUACGGUCUUAGUCGGAAGCCGGAUCUAAAGUUUCCCACCUCGAUUCCAACCGUGUCUAUCAGCCGAGUAAUACGAGACCAAUCUGUUUAUACCCUACCAUUCAAUUUGAUCGUUGAAGAUGAUAUUGUUCAAAUGGCGUACGGUGACAUUGCUCCUUGUCGGAUCAAAUACGUCAGCAGCCAUUUCGAUAAUGCCCCUGGAACAGAGGACCAAGAAUAUAUUCUGGAAAAGGGACAAUUGUUUAAGCCAAGCCUUUUUGCUUCUCCUAAUCCAACCCUGAUGCGACGAGCAGCUUUAAACGAAGGACAGUUUCAUUUCAGAGCGAUGGAAACACCACUGAGGGAUACACUCAAGAAAGCGCUCAACUUCCAACGGCCAGAGACAGUCAUUGCCCGUCAAUUCGUCGUAAUACGCGAUUAUUACUUUACUCGGCUUUUUUGGGUCGUGCUGGGUGCAGCACUGUUGAUCAAUGUUCUCCGAUACAGCAUCAAAGCUGCCGUUCAUUCAGAGUUCCGGGACCAAAGCGUGGAAAUGCUUGUCGUUCUGCAAAUAUAUACUAUCCUUCCAAUUUUACCUCUGGUUGUCCCAACGUUGUUUGUCAUUAUGAGGAGUUACGGAAAUGCCCAGAUUUUAUCGCUUUUCGAUGCGCUUCAGACGUCCAAAACGGAAUUUGAAGAUCAGGAGGAUGUGGAUGAGUUCGAUGCUGCACCGCCACCCACAAAGGAUUUGGUGUUGGAUUGGGGCCUAGUGUGGAAACGCUUUUUGGAUCAGUUUACCAAUGUCGAUGUUACCUUCCUUGCGCGAACCACUGGGUUAGUCGCGUCACUCGCUAAUACGACCGUGAUCUGCGCCAUCGAUCGUGAGGGCACGAUUUCAUUGCCCACACCAUCGGUAGAGCAACUUUUCUUCUUUGACGAGUCUGGUGACCCUGUCGUGCUUGACGUUGCGGAAGACAGCUCUGAUCAUGUUGUGAGGUUUCACGAUAAGAAUUGGCAAGAGUAUAUUUCCUCUUUGAAACCGCUUGGACUCAAUCUACUCUUGAACACGGAUUGCGGCGCUUCUCUUGGCCGGAUUCGAUUGGACCAUCAUCGAAAGUCCAAUGGAAUGCAUUUGCAUGGCCGGGUCAAAUCAGCUCGGCAAGCGUGCCUAUGCCAAGUUGGUCGACAAAUAGGCUUCUCUUCUGAUGCUUUGAAGUCCUUUGUUUCCCAAAAGGCUAUUCACGCCUUUGCGCCUUAUCAAGCAAAUUUGAGCAACGGACCGGAAUACCAUUUUGAGAUUCCGAGUUUCUUUGCACAAGUCUUCAAAGAAGCAGCUUCUGAGACGUAUCAACUUUUUUCCGAGGGGAAUGUGGAUUUGAUUAUGGAGUCCUGUAGUGAUUAUUGGAAUGGGAGGGGAUUGGGGACCAUGGACGAAGCGGCCGAAAAGAAAAUCUUUGAAUUCUACCAAAAUGCUAUCAUAAGCGAUGCCCAAAUCGUUGCGUACUCCUACCGCCCCAUCCAGCACCCUACCACUCUAAUCUCGAAAACCACCCACCCACCAAUUCGGCCCUACGUCGACUCAAUCUAUUUAGAACUCGACAAUCCCGUCGAAACCAUUUCGAAAUCCAGUUCUCUGAACAAGCUUUCAGACACGGAAAAGUCUCCCUCUGGGCGUCCGAGAUCCAAAGGAAAUCGCAAGCGAUAUUUGAGCAACAUUGACCGGCUGCAGACACCGGGGGAAGGGAAGAAACAGGUUUAUCAUGAGAUUGUCAAGGGGCAGACGUUCUUGAGUAUGGCUUCUUUAGCGUUUUUGCCCAAGGCGAAUGUCAUUGACUUUAUUGAGGAUUUGGGGUUGGCUGGUAUCCGGUUUGUUUAUUUUUCCUCUGCACCGGAACGUGAAAGUAAAGCCUACGCCGAACGCCUUGGCCUCGAAAUCGAUUGGAACAGCUGCAUUCUCCUAUCACCCGACAAUGGGUCCACACCAGGGUACCUUGAGCUUCAUGACAUGAAAGCCAGACUACCACGUGGUGUCGACAAAAUCCGGGACCAUAUUGAGAAUGUUGAUGACGUCCCGUUGCAUGUCUCGCUUUUUGCAGAGUGUAAUUCAUACUCUGUUCGUGAGAUGGUUCGGAUUUUUCAGGAGCAUGGGGAAGUUGUUUGUUGUGUUGGGAGUUCAUUGAAUGAGAUGAAUGUCGAGUGUUUUGCGUUGGCAGAUAUUAGUAUCGCCAUUGACCCUCUUAGUGUCCUCAAAGCUCGUAAUCAUGCUUCAACGGGUCCGUUAUCCCCGUUGAAUGUGGGAGCAGGGUUCACGUCUCUCCCAUGUGCGUUCUCGUUACAUAACGAUACGAGUAUAUACAGUUUGAGCCAGAUUAUUAGGGAGGCGAGGACUAUUGCUGAUCAUGGGCGACAGGCAGUUGUCUUUUACCUCUCAUCCCAAACCAGUUUAUGUCUUAUCAUGAUCCUGUCUUAUUGUCUCCUCUUUCCCCCCAUCUUCACUGGAUACCAACUCUUUUGGUUGUUGUGGAUCAUUCUCCCGCCUUUAUCUUUGUCGUUUUUGUUUUCUCCGCAUGACCCGCGGGUGAUGACUACGAUGCCUGUCAAGAAUACACAUCACCUGAAAGACCGGUGGAGAUUUGCCGUAUAUUUUUUGAUUCGGUUUUCCGUACCGGUUGUACUUUGUGUUGCUGUUUUCGCCAUAUCCUUGUCGGUAUUUAAACCUGAUCAGCCCUCCGAUUCAGUCUUUGGCGAUUUUGGAAUUUCGUCUUGGAUGCAUUGGAGUGAUGGUGAGCAGUGGGCCUUACUGUAUGCCCAAAACUGCACGCUUUUUGUGUGGGUGUUUUUAAUGGUGUGUAUAUCGGCAACAUGUUUGCAUCGUAUCGCGCAUCUCAAAUCAUUCCCCCCGUAUCGGAAUCGGGUGUGGGUUGGCAGUGCGGUUACGAGUCUUGUACUGCAAACUGCCUUUUUCGCCAUUUCCAUCGCUCCACGCGGCCCGUACUCUCUCUCCCUUCUCCCCUGGUGGCUGUUUGUCAUUGUGUUUGUGGGAGGACCAGUGCUGGCCGUGGGAGUGCAGGAAGCUGUCAAGAUUCAUGAUCGCAGAGAGUGGGAGAGGUUCCAAAAGAGGAGUAAACUGGAGUUUAAUACAAAGCUGGGGAUGCACUCGCCAUUAUGAGCGUCGCUGGCUGCUUACUUCUGGAGCAACGAAACUAAAUAAGGAGAUACGGAACGGGAAUGCACUGGUCCUUCCAAGUUAUCGAAAAGUUGACCAACGCAAGAUCAGGUCCCAUUGUAAUAGAACAAACCAAAUAAAAGGGAUGCAAAUAAUGUUAUGAGAAAACUUCUACAGAGAAUCUAGAGCGCUGAUAAAAUACGAAAUAAAAAAAUGCUAUCUACCGUG